AUGAAGCAGAAAUACUUUGUCAAGAGCCUCAGGAACAAACUCCGGAGCGCUGAAAUCGAGAUUAAAGCCCUUAAAGAAGAGCUCAUACGGAAGGAGAUGGUGAAAAGGCUAACUGAAACCAACACCAACAUCUACUGCCUGGGCGCCCUCACCAUGAUGGCGAAGGAGCUGAAGACCUGUGAGGCCCAGUGUGAUGCACUCAAGGCAAAGCACCACCUGGAGAUGAGUCAGGUGGAAGACAGUUGGAGAAAGAAGGUGGAGGUUCUCCAGGAGGAUAACACUGCUAAGAAGGAAAUGGCAUACGGGCUGACCAGCGAAAACAACAAGCUUAAAGAUGAGGUUCGACAGAAGGACAAAUUCAUACUGAAGGUUUUGGACCAAAAGCACGCUGAAUCCAUCGCUUUCUUCAAAUGCGUCAUCGCCCUCAUUGUAAAGGAGAAGGAGCUGAAGAGCUGUGAGACCCAGUGCGAUGCAAUGAAGGCAAGUCACCUCGUGGUGCUCCCUCAGUUGGAAGAGACCUGGAGAGAGGAGGUGGAGGAUGUCAGAGCUGAAGAUGUGGCUCUGGAGGACGAGGUCACUCUGCUGAACGAAGAACACCCUGAGCUCACGCAGAAAGACAACUGGGACGAUGUCGUGGUGGCCAGAGAAGGUUCAUCCACCACGUUGGUCUGUGCUUAUCCAGCGUUGAGAAGUCCCUUCACCUUUAACUGGAUUGCAAAGUCACUCGGUGCGGAUGAAUGGAAACUGGUUCUAUCAGCUGAAAAGGGGAAGGAGUUCUUUGGAAGUGCCUGGAAGGCAUCAAUGCAAUUGACUGACCCCAACUUUCAAGACACUGGGGUUUUCUCACUGUUUUUCUCCCCCACAAUGGAGGACAUAGGCCUCUACUCAUGCUCGAUAAGGCAGCAAGAAAGGAUACUGAAGGAGAGAAUUAUCCUUUUAGCUAUCCUUACAGUCACUGUCCUCCCCUCUCCGAUCAUUCCUGUGCACAGCACCCUGCGAAUGAAUGCCAGGGUCACUCCAGAAAAUGCCGUAGACAAAAUCACCUGGACAUCACCGGAGGGCGUUACCAUAAAGAGCGAGAAAACAACAAACAGGGAAACAGAGGCCAAACUGCCACUGGUCCGGUACACGGACAACGGAGUCUACGUCUGCACGGUUCACCCUUGGGGAAAGAGCAGCAGCCCAAUUUUCCCCUUCAGUGUGAACGUGACCAUUACUGCUAACAGACAGGCCUUGUUCACUGAUAUCGAAUAUGGCGAGGAAAUCUUCACUGCCACACAGGUUCAGAGGCCCUUGCUCCUGAAAUGUCCUGGUGGUAAGGGGGACUUGGUCAAGCUGCAGUGGAAAUCCACAGACAAGAGGACUAACGGAAUGAAGGGGGUGAUGCUGUAUGAUCGCUGGAGGGGCACCACCACGUCGCCCCAGCCUAGUCCGAGAGUCGAGUUGGCCGGCCCACCCUAUAACGCAGAGGCUGGGAGCUUCGCCAUACGACUCACGCCCGAGCUCAAUGAUGGCGGCCUCUACGUCUGUGAGGUGCACCUCAAUGACAAGAUCACCAUCCAAAGCACCAGGGUGACCGUAAUGAAAGUUAAAACCAAACGUUCAUCCUCAAAGCUGGAGUUGAUCUGCCUGUACUCAGAGCGCUCCCAGGUCCAGACCGUCAAGUGGAACCACCAGAACACCAACCGCCAGCUGCAAAUGUCAACCAGCAGCCUGGGCCAGAUCACCACCACUGUGCCCUUACCAAUCACCCCCGACACAGCUGGAACCUACACCUGCACCCUGACGCUGAGUAAUGGGCAGACCAUCUUGGCCACGCAAGCUGUCACGCUGCCCCCUGAAGAGCCUGGUGUCACCGCCCCCUCCAUGCUCCCUUCUCUCUCUGCUUUAUUACUCCUGGUGCCCCUGGUUGCUGCGGCUGUUGGUGUGUUGCUAUGGAGACAGAAACAAAUUUCUCAUCGUGAUAUCGAGUAUUCGCUGUCUGUCCAGUCGGGUGAAGUAGAAAACGUCUAUGAGAAUCCUGAUGAUAUCAGACAGGGUCCUGCCCUGGACUCGGUCUACAUGGAUUUGAAGCCUAGAGGAGAGGAUGAUGUCUAUAAGGAACUGGAGCGAUAUGAGCAGUGUCAGAGCUGAUCACCUAUACCCACAUCUCAUCCUCAUCCAGCUGUCACAUCUGCUCAGCUCCCAUCUGCAACAGAAGUGCUUCAUAAACAAAAGAAACAACUCAAUGUCUGAGUUGGGAUUUAUAAUAACAAAAAAAACUUCAGUGCUUCAGGGAAAUGCAUCUCAAUUGUUGCCGCAGUGCUUUUUCUUUUAUUACAGAUUAUUGUAUUCUCACGUAUAGAGAAGAGGGAUUUUCUUAUAAGGGUGUAAAAUUUGUUCACAAUGUGUUUGUGUCAUGUAUGAUAUUGUCUUAUUAACU